GAUCUCAUUGCCUCGUUUUAUUUCCUACGUGUGAAGCCGUGGUGAAGAGUGGUGGAGUGUGGAGGAAUGCAAGCCAAAAUGCAGACUCGUGUCAGAUGUAAUGGGAGGAUUUUCCUGGCUGUUUGUAUAAUCCUCUUUAUGGGAUACACAGCACAAGGUGUUCCAGUGCAGAAAGCAAGAUUCCAGAGGGUAAAAUGCAGACCUGACAUCUUGUCUGCUAACUGCAUUGAAGAAAAAGGACCGUUGUUUGAAAUUUCUGAAGGUGGAGCUAACAGAAUCCUCCCUCCAAAGGCUGAUCCAUUUCUGAUGAAGCGCUUUCAGGAGCAACCUGAUAUUUUCUCACUUUCUGGUGAGGAAUCUGGAUCUGGGGCUGACGACAUACCUGAAACAGAAUCAGAAUCUGGGUCAGGAAUUAAUUACAAUGUUGAGUAUCCUAACUUGUCAUCUUCUGGCUUGGUGCAAAAAGAGGAGUUGAAGCAGGAACUAACAAAUGAAGAUUUAAUGCUGUAAGAAAGAAGACUUUAUCUCUAUCAUGAUGAUUAUUUACAGCACUUCUUCUAUGUUGUAUAACUAAGUGAUUAGUCUUAGGACAAACAGUUUUAUAAAAAUUAUAAUCCAACAAAAGUGCCUUAUAAUCUUUAUUGCUUUUCUUUGCUAAAAAAAUCUUUGUUAAAUGUGACCUUACCUACAUUUAUAUGUGCAUUUUAUAUCUAAGCUUGGGAUAUUUCUGAAAUCAUGGGAAGAUGGAAUCUAAAAGAUCCAUGAUAGUCUUGCUUGAGACAAAUACUAGUAUAGAAAAGAAAAUGACUGGAAAAUAUUAGGUAUGUGUAUUCAAGCAGCAAUCCAGGAGUCACAGACAUACAAAGUAAUGUAACUAAAAGUAAACUUCCCCAAACUUUUUCUUGGCCCCCCCGAUAAUUUUCUGUAUAAAGUACCAGUAAGCUUAUUUGUGAAAUUAAUUGUUUGCUAUUAUAAAAUGUAUUCCAUAUUACACAAUAACUAAUACAAUGUUACUUUAAUUAUUGGACUUUUUAUAACCCCCAGUGGGCCUCAAUACAAUAUAUAAUAUAAUUUUGACUGUUCCUGUUAGUAUAAAUGACAUGAUCAUGUAGGUCCAAGAAUCAUGACCCCUUCUACAUUCUUUCUGUGUGACUAUUAUUAAAAGUGGUUAAAGAACAACUGCACUUGUUAUAUUUUAAAUUUCUGGCUGAAUAUUUUUCCUUAUAUUUGCAUCUACUCAGUUGUAAUACUAUUAAAAUUUUAACGUAACCAAA